AUAAAACAAACAGAAAGAACCCAACAAAAAUCAACGGAAAUUUGUGAAGAUCUCAAGCCAGGCAAUCAACUAACUUUUAAUGUGUAACAAUUUUGAAACAAGAUUAUUAACAAAAUCAGAAGCAGCAGCGGAUCGAAAAAAAUCAGCAACGAAGAUAAAACAACAAAUUGAAGAACAGCGAACGACUUGUCGCUGAUAGGCAAAUCCAUAAAGCGCCGCAUCAGCUGCAAUUUAGCGAUAAGCUGUAUCUGUCAGUGGGAAUAGAGGGAAGAACGCCUCAAGCUGACGCCGACACCGACUAAGAUGUCAACGGAGCGGGAGCUGGCUGGCGGACCAGCCCAGCUCCAUACGCUACCGUUUCCCCCAGAUCUGGGCACCUCAUUGCAACUGAACACAGCGGUGGGCAUUAUUGGCAAGGUUUAUGAGUCACAGUGGACCACCUCCUCGCCCACGCGGCCUCAGAGCCCCUCUCAGGCGCAGACUAGCUUCGACACGCUCACAUCACCGCCAGCGCCCGGUUCUUCGGUAAAUCCCACCGCUGUGACCAGUCCGAGUGCUCAGAAUGUUGCUGCAGGGGGUGCCACGGUUGGUGGUGCCGCGGCUGCGGCUGCUGCUCAAGUGGCGUCUGCAUUGGGGACCACGGGCGUUUCGGCGGCGAUUGCUGCGGCAGCGGCAUCGCCCACAACGCAGCCAGAUAUGCCCGUCUUCACGUGCCCGCGACGACCAAAUCUGGGAAGGGAGGGCAGGCCGAUAGUGCUGCGUGCGAAUCACUUUCAGGUGACAAUGCCACGCGGCUUCGUGCAUCACUAUGACAUCAAUAUACAGCCGGACAAGUGCCCGCGCAAGGUGAAUCGCGAGAUCAUCGAGACUAUGGUGCAGGCCUACAGCAAGAUCUUUGGGGUGUUGAAGCCAGUUUUUGAUGGACGUAACAAUUUGUAUACACGGGAUCCCCUGCCCAUUGGCAAUGAACGACUGGAGCUGGAGGUAACGCUGCCCGGCGAGGGCAAGGACCGCAUCUUUCGUGUGACGAUUAAGUGGCAGGCGCAAGUGUCGCUCUUCAAUCUGGAGGAGGCUCUGGAGGGGCGCACCCGCCAAAUUCCCUAUGAUGCUAUCUUAGCGCUUGAUGUGGUCAUGCGACAUUUGCCUAGCAUGGCGUAUACUCCAGUUGGACGCAGUUUCUUUAGUUCACCGGACGGCUACUAUCAUCCCUUGGGUGGUGGUCGCGAAGUCUGGUUUGGUUUCCAUCAGAGCGUGCGGCCAUCUCAGUGGAAAAUGAUGCUCAACAUUGAUGUUUCGGCUACUGCUUUCUACAAGGCUCAACCUGUCAUCGAUUUUAUGUGCGAGGUUUUGGACAUUCGCGACAUUAACGAACAGCGCAAACCGCUCACCGAUUCGCAGCGCGUUAAGUUCACAAAGGAAAUUAAAGGACUUAAAAUUGAAAUCACGCACUGUGGUCAAAUGCGUCGGAAAUAUCGCGUCUGCAAUGUGACCCGUCGACCAGCUCAAAUGCAAUCCUUCCCACUGCAACUGGAGAAUGGACAAACCGUCGAGUGCACUGUGGCCAAGUACUUUUUGGAUAAGUAUCGCAUGAAGCUGCGCUACCCGCAUUUGCCCUGCCUGCAGGUGGGUCAGGAGCACAAGCACACCUAUCUACCACUUGAGGUGUGCAACAUUGUGGCUGGACAACGUUGCAUCAAAAAGCUGACAGACAUGCAGACGUCGACCAUGAUCAAAGCGACUGCACGCUCGGCGCCUGAUCGUGAGCGUGAGAUUAACACUCUGGUGAAGCGUGCGGACUUCAACAAUGAUCCCUAUGUGCAGGAGUUUGGGCUAACCAUCUCCAAUUCCAUGAUGGAGGUGCGUGGCCGGGUUUUGCCACCACCAAAGCUUCAAUAUGGGGGACGUAUGUCGUCGGGGAUCACCGGACAACAGCUAUUGCCGCCACAGAAUAAGGUGAGCCUGGCAUCUCCAAAUCAAGGCGUUUGGGACAUGCGUGGCAAGCAGUUCUUCACGGGUGUCGAGAUCAGAAUUUGGGCGAUUGCCUGCUUCGCACCACAGCGCACAGUCCGCGAGGAUGCCUUGCGGAACUUUACGCUGCAACUGCAAAAGAUCUCCAAUGAUGCUGGCAUGCCCAUCAUUGGACAGCCCUGCUUCUGCAAGUAUGCCACGGGGCCGGAUCAAGUGGAGCCCAUGUUCCGUUAUUUGAAGAUCACUUUCCCUGGACUGCAACUGGUAGUUGUUGUCCUGCCGGGCAAGACACCAGUCUACGCCGAGGUCAAACGUGUGGGCGACACGGUCCUUGGCAUGGCCACGCAGUGUGUCCAGGCCAAGAACGUGAACAAGACCUCGCCACAGACGCUCUCGAAUCUGUGCCUCAAGAUCAAUGUUAAGCUGGGCGGCAUUAACUCGAUUCUGGUGCCAUCCAUACGGCCCAAGGUCUUCAAUGAGCCCGUCAUUUUCCUGGGGGCCGAUGUCACCCAUCCCCCCGCAGGCGACAACAAGAAACCAUCGAUAGCCGCUGUGGUUGGCUCAAUGGAUGCGCAUCCCUCGCGCUAUGCGGCCACGGUGCGUGUGCAACAGCACCGCCAGGAGAUCAUACAGGAGCUGAGCAGCAUGGUGCGGGAAUUGUUGAUCAUGUUCUACAAAUCCACUGGCGGCUAUAAGCCGCAUCGUAUCAUACUCUACCGCGACGGCGUCUCCGAGGGCCAGUUCCCACACGUGCUGCAGCACGAGCUGACCGCUAUACGCGAGGCGUGCAUCAAAUUGGAGCCGGAAUACAGGCCAGGCAUUACAUUCAUUGUCGUCCAGAAGCGCCAUCACACGCGACUCUUCUGCGCCGAGAAACGCGAGCAGAGCGGCAAAUCGGGCAAUAUACCAGCGGGCACCACCGUCGACGUUGGCAUCACCCAUCCCACAGAGUUUGAUUUCUACUUGUGCAGCCAUCAGGGCAUCCAGGGCACCAGUCGUCCUUCUCACUACCAUGUGCUCUGGGACGACAACCACUUUGAUUCCGAUGAGCUGCAAUGCCUUACCUAUCAGCUGUGCCACACCUAUGUCCGGUGCACGCGGUCUGUGAGCAUCCCCGCGCCAGCCUACUACGCCCAUCUGGUUGCCUUCCGAGCCAGAUACCACCUGGUUGAAAAGGAGCACGAUUCCGGCGAAGGAUCACAUCAAAGCGGCUCAUCCGAAGAUCGUACGCCCGGGGCCAUGGCACGCGCCAUAACGGUUCAUGCCGACACGAAGAAGGUCAUGUACUUUGCCUAAGCAGUUAAAAGGAUGAAGCAAAACCAAAACCACACAACAUCAAAAGAACAACAAUACAACAGCAACACCAACAUCAACAACAAUGAGCACUGAAAUUUCGAAAAUAAUUCGAAUAAGCAAAACAUGAAGAAAAUAUGUACGAAAGCCAAGUCGAAAUCAUUAGAGGAUAAUUUCAAAAUGAUGUUUUUAUAUAUUUAAGUUAAAGGAAAGCCAAUAUAUUAGCUUUUAGGCCACACACACACAAAUACACAAUCAACACCCACACGCCAAAAUCGUAGGGAUUAGAAAAAACAAAAGGGAAUCGAAUGUUUAUGCACAAGCAGACGCAACAAAUGUGAAUGAGAAUUCUCAAAAUAACAAACAAAAUUUAUAAUAAAAAGCGUAGCGAAACAAACUAAAGGGAACAAACGAAAGUCAAAUAUAACAACAACAACAACAGCUGAAACAACAACACACAUUUGCGAUGAACUUUUGUAAUAGGAUUAAUUAUAUUUUUACACAAGAAGAAACAAAAAACAAAAACAAAGUUUAAAAAACGUGCAGACAAAGUGCAGACAACCAAAGGUUUUUUAGUAUAUCAAAACAUGAAACAAGUUGCUGAUUCAAACACAAACACACAAGACACAUACAACACGUUACAACAACAACUCUGAAUUCUCUGUACUGUGAACGAAGACCACCAACAAAAGCUUAAAAACUAAAAAAUUAA